AUGCACUGUAAGGAACGUUUUGAGCUAAGCUCUAUUUCCAAGUGGGAACCAAUUUCAGUUUUUGUGUUAGCGGUUCCUUUUUGUGAGUUACACAAGGGCGAGAGUGUCUGAUUUUGAGCCACCGGGUGGCGACGUUUUUCCGUUUGAACAAGCAAGUGGUGAAGAACGCAAGAAAUGCUUAUUUUGUGUCCUUUCUGAUAGCAUUUUUGUUUAUUGUUGAAACCGGAGUUUGAAGACCUGUAUUGUCAGGAUUUACGUUUUUCUUCGUUUUCUCCCUCGAGCAAAUGCGGCAAUGAGUUCUCACGGCAUGUGUGUGGAGAAGUUGAAUAAAUGCCCGUUUUGAAGAACUGCUUGUACGCCUGAUUGACGAGGGAGCUACAGUGAGAACUCAGCCAGCCCGGCGCCAGAACAAGACGGUGUUCGGCAGAGCUACAAGCAAGUCACUUCACUCACCUCUUCCAUCGGACAGAUAAGAGACUGUACAUUCACCUGCCUACACAAAUAGCUACCUGAGUCCAGAGAGCUUUGGGUGCCAGUCAACAAUAAGUAAAACAUUUGAACAAGUUAAAUGUUUAAAGGUGGACUAGCCUCAAUUGCUGUAAAGGGACCUACAAGUGCUAAAUUGUGCAAUGUUAUGGUGAUGUGUGCAUGUUGUAAGGUUUAAGUGCGUGCUUAUUUGCACCUAGUAAUGUCUGAUUGAGGUGUGAACGACCAUUCAUAGCAUUUGAAAACAAGUUCAUUUGCGAACAUUCAAAGGUGUAGAACAACAUUUAAGUGAUUAAGUCAUUGCAAUGAAAAAUUAAGUUUAUUGUACAUUUAGUCAAUAUAUUAGACAGGUUGGUUGAUAAAGUAAAUUACAGGAGUCAGUAGUAAUUCAAGAUAGCCUACUGUAGUCAAGUGAUAAAACUAUAACAUCAUUACAUUAGUAAAUCAGAUAAAUACUGAGUUCAUGAGACUUCCUAAAAAUGGAUAGUGAGCAAGCAGAUAAAACUCUUAAGAGGGAGACUGAAAUAAGUGAAGGCAAACAACCUGCCCCAGAAGAUGCACUAAGAAGAAGUGAAAGAUCGAGAAGGCUCACUGAGAAGGGACAAGAACUCGAAGAGACUAAACUCAAAGGUCUCCAACAUCGUUUCUCACGUACCUAUGACAAGUGGAAGAUUCUUGCUAAGAAAUCAAGGAAGGAGAUAGAGGGAGCCUCUUCUCAAGAGAACCUACAAACUCUCAUCAACAAGAUAAAAGAAGCAUCAAAUGAUGUACAGCAGGCGUACGAAGACCUGCGCAAAUGCAUAAUCCCUGAUAAAGAGACACGCCGUCGAACAGACACCUGCGACACUGUCUCAAGGCAGAUAUUAGAGCAUGCUUGGAACCAUCUCCAAGACAAAGAUAACGAGCAAGAAAUAGAGUGGUUUGAGACUGGCUCUGUGUUCUCAUUAGGAGUAUCAGAAGCAUGCAGUGCAAGCUCAAGAUCAUCACUCUCAAGUAAAUCGUCAUGUAAAUCUUCAAAAAUAAGUGAAGCUGCAGCAGAAUUAGCCGCAAAUGAAGCCACUUUGGAAGUCCAAGAGCAAGUGGAGCGUGAGGAACGUGAACUCAGAAACCUAGAAGCUGAGUACAGACAAAGGCUUGUGCGACAAAAAAAGGAACGUGCACAAGAAGAAGAGCAAUGUAGACAAAGGCUUGCACAACAAGAAGAAGAAUGUGCUGCAAAUAAACAGGUCUUGGAAGAAAAGCGCAGAAAGAUAGAACGCUUAGAGACCAUAAAAAAGAUGAAUGCCGCCAAGGCCAAACUAGAAGUGUAUAAACAAGAACAAGGUUCAACCUCUGACUUGCUGGAUCUAUUCAAGGAUUAUAAGCCCAAACGAGAAAGGCUUACAUUCGACUCAAAACCUUCUGUCACGCCACAACUAAUCACAAGGAUGCAAUCUUCUAUAACUACUCCCAAAGAGGAUAGCACAACUGAUUUUGCCAAGGUAAUAGCAGAGUCCUUCAGUGUAAGCCGUCUCCCAGCACCAGAGCCUGCUGUUUUCAGUGGAGAUCCACUAAAGUACAAGGGCUGGGAAAUGUCCUUUCAAACGCUGAUAGGCAGAAAGAAUAUACCAGCGAACGAAAUUAAUCUACUACCUACAAAAAUAUGUUGGUGGACCAGCAAGAAAAGCCAUUGA